GGGGCGCGGGACUAUCGUCGAACUGGCGUUCCGCGACAGAGCUCCGUGUCUCCAGCGGCGGCCGACCGCGGCGGUUCCUGUUCUACUGUCUGUACGUCCUGCUCACUACCGGGGCCCUGGUCGUGUCGGCCGUCUCCGUGGAUCUCCUCAGAGACCCCUCGGACCCGUACCGGCCCGGCUUCGGCGACCGGGUCUGCUGGUUCAGCCGGCCCAAGGCCAUGAUGAUGUUCUUCGCUGCGCCACUCGUCGCCCUUAUGGUGGUGAACGUGGCGCUCUUUUGCGGAAGUGCCAUCAUCAUCCGAAGAACGUCGCAGGCGACAGUCAACACCGCUUCGUCAAAGACGAACCUGCGGCUGUACACGCGGCUGGCACUGAUCACGGGCAUGUCGUGGGUGAUCGGCCUGGUCGCCGGCUGGCUGCACUUCCCGCCGCUCUGGUACAUCUUCAUCGUCCUCGACACACUGCAGGGCGUCUUCAUCUUCGUCUCGUUCACGCUGACACAGCGCGUGAGGCGGGACGUCGAGCGCGAGCUGUCGCGCUACUCCGCCAAGAGGAGGUGCUCAAGGCAGUCGCUUCGGUCCUCUCGUGAAAAGAACACAGUGAAAAGGGGAGUUGAAGGGGUGAGAUGCGAAAGAGCGUUGAGGGGAUACGUAAAUACCGCGGUGUCUGAGAGUCUGCCGGGAUGCGAGGGAGCCAGUGACAUUGUUAGGGUGAGCGUGGUUGAUCCAGUUUUUGUCGUGAAGGAAGAAAUGCAGGAAGAAAACUUGGAAAAUGGUGAAAACGGAAUGUAAAGAAAUGAAUACAUAAUGUCACAAAGAUAAAUAAAC